AUGCUUAAAUCACUGACAGUAAAAUUCAACAAAGUGAAGCCUAUGGAAGGGAGGACUGAGGAUGAAACCUGCCCUCACCUGAGUGGUCAGUCUCAGCCAUCUACAGCCCAGGGAGAAAACAAAAGUGAAACACCAAUCACAUGUGAAAAGCCACACACCAAAGAACAAGACAACAUCACUGAGGAAAAUUCCUUCAGAGAUUUCAGCACAGAUCUUGACUCUGAGUGUUCAUCAGAACCCACUGGAACAAUGUCUGAGAUUGAGCAAACCAGGACUAAGGAAGAAAGGCCAUUCAGCUUUAAGAACAAACUGCUUGAAGGCUCAAUUAUAAAUGGAAAUGCUGAUGCCCAGCUACACAACCUGGUGGAAAGGAUGCAACAAAAGACUGCCCUCUACAAGAGAGAACUGACAGAGGGAGAGUAUUCACCCUCGUCAGGAGCCAGCCCUCAUACAGUAAAGUCUACAGAUGUAUCACUGUCACAAGAGAAGAAUUCUAAUCUGAAAGAACACCACCAUGGCAUGUUGCCUUGCAGACUCCAGAGGGUACCUGCCAAAGGGUGCCUUAGAAGAAUGAGAGUUCCUAGAAGCAUAGAUUCAUACACAGAUCGGAUCUAUCUCCUGUGGCUCCUGCUCGUCACCAUUGCCUAUCACUGGAACUGUUGGUUACUUCCAGUGCGCCUCACAUUUCCAUACCAAACGCCAGACAACAGGCACUACUGGAUUAUUACUGACAUUAUAUGUGACAUCAUCUACCUUGGUGAUAUAUUAUUGAUACAGCCAAGACUCCAAUUUGUAAGAGGAGGAGAAAUUAUUGUAGAUUCAAAUGAGCUGAAGAGACACUACAGAAGUUCUACAAAAUUUCAGAUGGAUGUCAUAUCCCUAAUGCCAUUUGAAGUACUCUACAUCUUCUUUGGAUUUAAUCCAAUACUUAGAACAAAUCGAAUAUUAAAGUACACCUCAUUCUUUGAGUUUAAUAAUCGCCUGGAGUCUAUAAUGGACAAAGCAUAUAUCUACAGAGUCAUUCGAACAAUUGGUUACUUGCUGUUUCUUCUGCACAUUAAUGCCUGCAUUUAUUAUUGGGCCUCAGACUAUGAAGGAAUUGGCACAACUAAGUGGGUCUAUAAUGGUGAAGGAAACAAGUAUCUGAGAUGUUAUUAUUGGGCAGUUCGAUCUUUAAUUACUAUUGGGGGCCUUCCAGAGCCACAGACUUCAUUUGAAAUUCUUUUUCAACUCUUGAAUUUUAUUUCUGGAGUUUUUGUGUUCUCCAGCUUAAUUGGUCAGAUGCGUGAUGUUAUUGGAGCAGCAACAGCCAAUCAGCACAACUUCCAUGUCUGCAUGGACCAUAUCAAUAACUACAUGAAAAAAUACUCCAUCCCUCAGAGUGUGCAAUAUCGAGUUCGGACGUGGCUGGAAUAUACAUGGACCUCUCAGAGAAUACUAGAUGAGUCCAACUUGUUUGAGAGCCUACCAACAGCAAUGCGAUUAUCUCUUGCCAUUGACACAAACUUCAGCAUCAUCAACCAAGUGGAGUUGUUCAAGGGUUGUGACACACAGAUGAUUUAUGACCUAUUGCUAAGAUUGAAAUCCACUAUUUAUUUACCUGGUGACUUUGUCUGCAAAAAGGGAGAAAUUGGUAAGGAAAUGUAUGUCAUCAAGCAUGGAGAAGUCCAAGUUCUUGGAGGCCCUGAUGGUGCUCAAGUUCUGAUUACUCUGAAAGCUGGGGCAGUGCUUGGAGAAAUCAGCCUCCUGGCAAAAGAGGGAGGAAACCGUCGAACUGCUGAUGUGGUGGCACAUGGGUUUGCCAAUCUUUUAAUACUGGAGAGAAAGACUCUCCAAGAAAUUCUGCGCCAUUACCCAUCGUGUAAAACGCUCCUCAUGAAGAAAGCCAGAGUUCUUUUAAGCCUGAAAGGAAAGAGCCCACAGAUGAUCCCUCCACAAACAAGACCUGCCUUUCUUUGCCCGCCAAAGGAAGAGACACCCAAAAUGUUUAAAGCUCACUUAGCAAACACAGGAAAAGCAGACCUUGGAAGUCUCCUCAAAGGCAAGAGAGAACAAGCCACUCAGUUGAGUAAAAAGGCAGUUUUAGCCAGGGGAUCUGCCUAUCAAUCACUCAUCAUCAGUAUGGCUCCUGCUCAUGAGACUGGGGGAAAACUUCUGAUAACUGAAGUCAAAGACAAGGCUAAGCAAAUAAGUAUUAUCUUUAGACGUAGGUGGUAG